AUGACCCCGCUCCAUUCUCCCUCUUUCCAUCACCCCAACCCCAUUCUCCCGCUUUCCAUCACCCCGCCCCAUUCUCCCUCUUUCCAUCACCCCGCCCCAUUCUCCCGCUUUCCAUCACCCCUCCUCAUUCUCCCGCUUUCAAUCACCCCGCUCUAUUCUCCCGCUUUCCAUCACCCCGCCCAAUUCUCCCUCUUUCCAUCACCCCUCCCCAUUCUAUCUCUUUCCAUCACCCCGCCCCCCAUUCUCCCUCUUUCCAUCACCCCGCCCCAUUCUCCCGCUUUCCAUCACCCCGCCCCAUUCUCCCUCUUUCCAUCACCCCGCCCCAUUUUCCCUCUUUCCAUCACCCCGCCCCAUUCUCCCGCUCUCCAUCACCCCGCCCCAUUCUCCCUCUUUCUAUCACCCCGCCCCAUUCUCCCGCUUUCCAUCACCCCGCCCCAUUUUCCCUCUUUCCAUCACCCCGCCCCAUUCUCCCUCUUUCCAUCACCCCGCCACAUUUUCCCGCUUUCCAUCACCCCUCCCCAUUCUCCCUCUUUCCAUCACCCUGCCCCAUUCUCCCACUUUCCCCCGCCCAAUUCUCCCGCUUUCCAUUACCCCGCCCCAUUCUCUCGCUUUCCAUCACCCUGCCCCAUUCUCCCGCUUUCCAUCACCCCGCCCCAUUUUCCCUCUUUCCAUCACCCCGCCCCAUUCUCCCGCUUUCCAUCACCCCGCCCCAUUCUCCCUCUUUCUAUCACCCCUCCCCAUUCUCCCGCUUUCCAUCACCCCGCCCAAUUCUCCCUCUUUCUAUCACCCCUCCCCAUUCUCCCUCUUUCUAUCACCCCGCCCCAUUCUCCCGCUUUCCAUCACUCCGCUCCAUUUUCCCUCUUUCCAUCACCCCGCCCCAUUCUCCCUCUUUCCAUCACCCCGCCACAUUCUCCCGCUUUCCAUCACCCCUCCCAAUUCUCCCUCUUUCCGUCACCCCGCCCCAUUCUCCCACUUUCCGUCACCCCGCCCCAUUCUCCCGCUUUCCAUCACCCCGCUCCAUUCUCCCUCUUUCCAUCACCCCAACCCCAUUCUCCCGCUUUCCAUCACCCCGCCCCAUUCUCCCUCUUUCCAUCACCCCGCCCCAUUCUCCCGCUUUCCAUCACCCCUCCCCAUUCUCCCGCUUUCCAUCACUCCGCCCAAUUCUCCCUCUUUCUAUCACCCCUCCCUAUUCUCCUCUUUUCCAUCCCCCCGCCCUAUUCUCCCGCUUUCCAUCACCCCGCCCCAUUCUCCCUUUUUCCAUCACCCUGCCCCAUUCUCCUCCUUUCCAUUACCCCGCCCCAUUCUCCCGCUUUCCAUCACCCCGCCCCAUUCUCCCGCUUUCCAUCACCCCGCCCCAUUUUCCCUCUUUCCAUCACCCCGCCCCAUUCUCCCGCUUUCCAUCACCCCGCCCCAUUCUCCCUCUUUCUAUCACCCCUCCCCAUUCUCCCGCUUUCCAUCACCCCGCCCAAUUCUCCCUCUUUCUAUCACCCCUCCCCAUUCUCCCUCUUUCUAUCACCCCGCCCCAUUCUCAAGCUUUCCAUCACCCCGCCCCAUUUUCCCUCUUUCCAUCACCCCGCCCCAUUCUCCCUCUUUCCAUCACCCCGCCACAUUCUCCCGCUUUCCAUCACCCCUCCCCAUUCUCCCUAA